UCUCCUUUCCUUUGGCAAGGCAACACAAAACUGGUGCCUUUCCUUGGUCUGGAGGUAAACCGACACCGAGUCACCCACCGCCCCUCCCGAAUUCCUCCAUUCACAUCGCCUCUCCGGCAACCAGCAGAGAGCUUCCUUCCUCGUCCUUUCCGCCUGCCCAGCCACGACCACGAACCCGCUCUCCCCUCCUCCGCGUCGCCGCCGCCGCCAUCGUUGUUCUAAAGCCAUGUAUGAUAGCUACAGGAAUCCAAAUCCUCCUGGGAUGCAGAUGCCCCCAACAAAUCCUCAGCCUGGCCAGUUUGACAAUCCAUUUUAUGGUGCAAGCUCGGGUUUAAUUAAAACUGGAUUAGGAGCAUAUGGGGAGAAGUUCCUCGGUUCCAGUUCAGAAUUCAUGCAAAGCAACAUCAGUAGAUACUUCUCCAACCCACAGUAUUACUUCCAUGUGAAUGAUCAAUAUGUCAGGAACAAGUUGAAAGUCAUACUGUUUCCUUUUCUUCACAGGGGGCACUGGACUCGGAUAAGUGAGCCUGUGGGUGGCCGAUUGUCCUACAAACCUCCGAUCUAUGACAUAAAUGCGCCAGAUCUGUACAUCCCUUUCAUGGCAUUUGGCACCUUCAUUAUUCUCGCAGGCUUUACAUUAGGCUUCAUGGGAAAGUUCACUCCAGAAGCUAUAAAUCUUCAGUUUACAAGAGGGCUAAUCGGAUGGGGCUUACAGAUAGUGUUCCUGAAAGGGCUGCUCUACUCGAUGGGUGGAGGCGAGGUUCCACUCCUUGACCUAGUAGCUUACGGCGGAUAUCUAUUUGCUGGGGUUUCCCUUGCUAUUGUUGCGAGGCUCCUCUGGGCGUACUCGUACUACAUUAUGAUGCCAUGGAUGAGCCUGUGCAUGGGGGUGUUUCUGGUGAGGACGAUGAAGAGGGUGCUCUUCACAGAGAUGAGGGGGAGCGAGAGGCACUCGACGCGGCAGCACUAUUUCCUACUCUUCAUGGCAAUUGCACAGUUUCCCCUCUUCUUCUGGCUUGGUAGCAUAGGUGCAUGAGAUAGUUUUCUUUCUGUUUGUAAUUUGGCAUCUGUUACUAUAAAAUUUUACCUGUGAUGCUUCCAAUAGCUUGUGCAGGUUCUGGGCAUCACAUAUAUUUUAUUGACAGGGUUUGAUUGGUUAUGUAAAGCUAAUGAAUUUUGCCUUUAGUCACUCACUCAUAAUAGGUAUAUACAUGUAUGUUUUCAUGGAUUUUACCAUAAUUCAAAUACUACAUGUACUGGACUAAUUUUGUUG